CCCUGCGGCGCGUCGUCCAGUCGAACUUCCCCUUUGGGCAGAAGGGAGAAUCCAGGGAAUCUCCGUAAAAAGAGAGUUACAGGGAGUGGGUUUUGGAGCAGAGAGUCUGAAGUUCACGACUGCUAGAAGGGGAGGGGAGUGGAAAGGCUCUCAAUGAAGAAGGUUGUUGAAUCUACAGAUGUGGAACCUGAAGAUAUGAAGGACUGACUGCCUAUCCUGUAUAUAACUCACUUCAUUCUCGAUAUAAGGAUUAUUAUCUCCACUUUAUGAAUGAAGAAACUGAGCAAAAGCUGUUAAGUAACUUUCCCAGGAUAACAUACCUGGUUGUGAGAUCACAGCCCAGGAAGUGUAUGUCCAGGAUCUGUGCUUUUAGCCACAUCUAGUUUGGUACUUCGCAGAAAGAUAAAAUGUUUUUUGGUUUUGCACUACAGGAAUUGCACCCAGGGCCUUUGCACCGACCUACAUCCUCAGCCUUUUUAUUUUUCAUUUUGACACAAGUUUCUCUAAGUUGCCCAGGUGGGGCUUGAACUUGUGAUUUUCCUACUUCAGCCUCCCAGAAUGUUGGAAUUAUAGGCACAUAUUACCAUACUUGGCUAGAUAAAGCAUUUUCACAAAUCACUCCCCAUUUUUUGUACAUAUUACAUGGGUUCUAUUGAAAAAACUAUUCAAAAUUAACUCAUUCCCCAUCUCAAUGUAUACUAUAUAGAUUCUAUUAAAAAGACUUGUUUUUAUCAAAAUUAACUAUCAAUGACUUCAUAUACUACAUAAAGCUGCAAUAGACUGAUCAUAGUACCUUCUCAAUUUAUUCAAUUUUGGAAGGCCCAUCCUUCUCGGGUCACCUUAAGCAGUACAAAUUUGACUAACAAAAGGGCUGAUUAUACAGAAUAACCUUCCAGUGUCAACAGGUAUGUUAAAUAAUGAAGCUUCAUUUCCUUCUUCAUGAAUAAACCAAACAGGCACUGCAGUAGUUCCUUUCAAAACUGAAGUAGAUAGGUCUUGAGCACCUGUAGGCUGUGUAUCCUCCACUCUUGAUGUUGCUUGCCUCAGCAAAUACAAAAAAGUUAAAAAUCACCCAGGAGAAAUACAGUUUCCAGUAAAAUAGGUACAAAGAAAUUCACUAGGGUAAACAAAUAACUCAUUAAAUAUAUUUUGAGAAAUAAAAGGCUGAGUUCAGAUUUUAAAAUCUGAUAAUAAUGAAAUGUAAUUGCAAAUAUAAGAGUUGGGCAUGGUGGCAUAUGCCUGUAACCCCAGCAUUUGGGAGGCUGAGGCAGGAUCAUCUUGAGUUUGAAGAUAGCCUUGGCUACAUUGUGAGACUGUCUUAAAACAACAACAACUAGAGGCCAAGAAGCAAGCCUUCCCAGUGAUUCAGUGCCAUGCAUGGGCUGCUGGGGGAAUAGCCAGAAACCAGCCUUUUCCCAUGAGUCAGCACCAUUUGCAGACGGCAGGGGAAGAGAACAAGAAACCUCCAAGAAACAAGCCCUCCCUGAGAAUUGGCACCAUGCUCAUGCUGCUGGAAGUACAGCCAGAUGCCAGCCUUUUCCCGUAAGUCAGAGCCAUUCGCAGACUACAGGGGAAGAGAACAAGAAGUCACCAAGAAGCAAGCCCUCACUGAGAAUCAGUGCCAUGCACUGCCACUCGACAGGAGCCAGAUGCCAGUUCCUUCUGGAGCAUGGGCUGGGAUAUAGGAAGAGCCAACACCCCACCUCACCCUCACCCCCACUCCACUGAUGAAGAGAGGAAGGGAGAGACAGACAGAGAACCUGCACUUACCGUCUCAUCUAUAUUUUUCCUGGUUGCAUGAUGGAAUUUGAACAUUACCUCAAGAAGUUUCGUAUUUUGGAUUAGUUAACAGUUUUCAUUCUCCUGAUUAUUUCUUCGGUCUCUGGAGACAUUAAGUACAAAAGAUUAUACCAUGGACUACAAGGAAAGCUGCCCAAGUGUAAGCAUUCCCAGCUCUGAUGAACACAGAGAGAAAAAGAAAAGGUUUACUGUUUAUAAAGUUCUAGUCUCUGUGGGCAGGAGUGAGUGGUUUGUCUUCAGGAGAUAUGCAGAGUUUGACAAACUUUACAACACUUUGAAGAAACAGUUUCCUGCUAUGGCUCUGAAGAUUCCUGCCAAGAGAAUAUUUGGUGAUAAUUUUGAUCCAGAUUUUAUUAAACAAAGAAGAGCAGGACUGAAUGAAUUCAUUCAGAACUUAGUUAGAUAUCCAGAGCUUUACAACCAUCCAGAUGUUAGAGCAUUCCUUCAAAUGGACAGCCCAAAACAUCAGUCAGAUCCAUCUGAAGAUGAGGAUGAAAGAAAUACUCAGAAGCUACACUCUACCUCACAGAACAUCAACCUGGGACCAACUGGAAAUCCUCAUGCUAAACCAUCUGACUUUGACUUUUUAAAAGUUAUUGGAAAAGGCAGCUUUGGCAAGGUUCUUCUUGCAAAACGAAAAUUGGAUGGAAAAUUUUAUGCUGUCAAAGUGUUACAGAAGAAAGUAGUUCUCAACAGGAAAGAGCAAAAACAUAUUAUGGCUGAACGUAAUGUUCUCUUGAAAAAUGUGAAACAUCCAUUUUUGGUUGGAUUACAUUAUUCUUUCCAAACAAGUGAAAAACUUUAUUUUGUUCUGGAUUUUGUUAAUGGAGGGGAGCUAUUUUUUCACUUACAAAGAGAACGGUCUUUUCCUGAACAGAGAGCGAGAUUUUAUGCUGCUGAAAUUGCCAGUGCAUUGGGUUAUUUGCACUCCAUCAAAAUAGUGUACAGAGACUUGAAGCCAGAAAAUAUUCUUUUGGAUUCAGUGGGACAUGUUGUCUUAACAGAUUUUGGGCUUUGUAAAGAAGGAAUUGCCAUCUCUGAUACCACAACAACAUUUUGUGGGACACCAGAGUACCUUGCUCCUGAAGUAAUCAGGAAACAGCCCUAUGACAACACUGUGGAUUGGUGGUGCCUUGGUGCUGUUCUGUACGAAAUGCUGUAUGGUUUGCCACCCUUUUACUGCCGAGAUGUUGCUGAAAUGUAUGAUAAUAUUCUUCACAAGCCCCUACAUUUGAGGCCAGGAGUGAGCCUCACAGCAUGGUCCAUUCUGGAAGAACUCUUAGAAAAAGACAGGCAAAAUCGACUUGGUGCCAAAGAAGACUUUCUUGAAAUUCAGAAUCAUCCUUUUUUUGAGUCACUCAGUUGGACUGACCUUGUACAAAAGAGGAUUCCGCCACCCUUUAAUCCUAAUGUGGCUGGACCAGAUGAUAUCAGGAACUUUGACACAGUAUUUACAGAGGAAACGGUUCCGUAUUCUGUGUGUGUGUCUUCUGACUACUCUAUCGUGAAUGCUAGUGUACUGGAGGCAGAUGAUGCAUUCGUUGGUUUCUCUUAUGCACCUCCUUCAGAAGACUUAUUUUUAUGAGCAGUUUGCAAUUCAGAAACCAUCAAGCAAAUACAAGCCUGCAGAUGUGACUAAAACUCCUGUUUGUGUGAAUAUAUUCAAAUAUGUAUAACAGUGCCUCAUUUUUAUAUGUAAUGUAAAAAACUAUGAAAAGUGUAUUUUCUGCUGUAUGCAGGGAAAUAGGGCAUUUCAAAGAGCUAUGUUUUGAAUUAAAAUUUGUAUUCUUGUUUACUCAGCUUAUUUUUAACAAAAUUUGAAAGCUGUUAUUCUUAGCAUUAACCUAUUUUUAAAGAAAACUUUUCUGCUAUUGACUGUUUCUCUCUUAAGUUUACACUGACAUGUUCAAGAUAGACUGUUUUUUGUCUGUUUCAGUUCAUUUAACAUGUAUUAAUACCUUUGUAACUAUACUAUGACUUUUGUUAUUGUAUCAGAACUAUGCAAUUGGUACAUAAUUGUUUAAGAAGAAACCAUAUCUUUCCCUGAUAAAUCACUGUUGGAAAUAAAUGGCAUUGGGCCAGGGAUUUAGCUCAGCAGCACAAGCACCUGCCUGGCAGGUGUGAGGUCAUGAGUUCCUCUGGGUGACCCAUCCCCCCCAAAAAAAGAUGUUAGUGUAGGAUUAAAAUGUAAGAAAAGUGUGUUAACAUAUCUGCUGCUAUUUAAUACUGAGUAUAAUAAUUCAUUUUGCAGAUAAGUAACAAAAGGAAAUCAUUUGCUUUUGAAAUACUAGUUCAAAUUUAUGGUUUCUAGCCAAGUGUGGUGACAUUUCCAGCACUCAGGAGGCUGAGGCAGGAAGAUCAUCACCAUAAAUUCAAGGCUACUAUAGGUCACAUUGUGAAUCCAAGACCAGCGUAAAGUACAUAGCAAGACUCAUCUUUUAAAAAAAGUUGUGAUUUCUUUUUCACUCUGGAGGGAAAGAAAAAAGUUAAUGGUUAGAAAGUUAAGACUUCUCAAAGAGCUGGAGGGUAAUAAAGUACUGCCAACUUUUUUUUUUUUAAGGUGAGGCCAAAAAUCAGUGUCUCCAUGUUAUAAUUUAUAUUACAAAUGCAUUCUAUUUAUUUUCCCUUUGGUGUUUUGAGUGUUUAAUAUACUUUUAAGUCCAAAUCUUGAUACUUGUUUAUGCAAAUAGUUGUUUGAAAACUAUCUUUAUAAUUGGAAAAAAGUAGGUUUCUCUAGAAUAUUUAUCUAAUCGAGAAUUCAAAGUAAAAUAGUAAAUCUUUGUCAGCAUAAAACAUGUCACUAUAGCAAAAGUUAAAAACAAUUUAUGCAGUUUCAUAUUCUGUUUUUGCAGGGGAGAGGCUGGGAAUCAAACCCAGGGCCUUGCAUAUGUGAAGUGUGCAUGUACUCUACCACAAAAUUAUAACCCCAGUCCCUCAGUAUUUUUGUGUGUCUCAGAAGUACAAGAAACUGAUCUUAGAAAUUGUAACAUACCAGUUAACUUGCAUCUUUUCAAAUCAUGUAGGAAACAGAAGUAUAAAGGUUCAGUGAGCCAGUUGAGAUGCUCUAAGAAGAAACUUUCCUUCCAUGUAUGUGCUUGGAAAAAAUCACAAAAGCAUUUCUCAUCUUCUCAUCAAAACCCGUUGACUUAAAAAUACUCCUUAGAAUUGGGAAGGGAGGGGGUACUUUUGUUCAAUUAAUAUUUACAUCUGAUACACUGAAUCUUCCUUUAGAGGUAAGACUUUAGUAUCUACACUGUAAAUAUUUGGUUUAUUUGGUAAUACUGUAAGUUCUUUUAAGCUCUUUUUUCAUUAUAAACCAAGAUAAAACUAUAGUGUCUUGUAUGAUUUUUUUUAACUCAGAUACUCCUUAGACUACCAAAAAUUUAAGUGCAAUAUUGUAUAUUUUUAAGAAAAAUUUAAAUUAGAAUUUUGAUGUUUCUUGAAUCAUAAGAAAUACAGAUCUAUAUAAUAUAAUAAAAUUAGCAAAAAAGAUUAA